AUGGCGCUGAAGCUUCGGCCGGGCCAUGAGCGCGAAGCUCCGCCGGACGCAAGCUCACGGGCGAAACUCCGUCGGCGCGAGUUCAGUUGGGGAAGAAGAAGGAGAGGAGGGGGGGGAUACGGCGUGGGCGUGAGCUCGGCCGGAGGAGGCCCGAUCCUCGCCAGCCUCUGGGCGCUUGAAUCUGCCGGCGUCGGGGGCGGCCAGCGCCCAUGGGUUGACGGGUGCUUUCAAGCGGCGCUCUCUGGCGGCGCCGCGGGUCCAGAUCAAGUGGACGCCGACGACCCCUACCGAAUUCUGCCGCAGCCUGCAGGGAACCGGCCAACCGGGGAUAAGCCCGAGCGCGCUAGACGGCUAGAGCGAGCGCGCAUGAGUCCGCACGUCAAGGUUGCCGCGGACGCGGACGUCUUUCCGGUGGUUUUUUUGUGCGGCCCCUGUUUCCGGGCUCAGUUCCGUGCCGGAAUCGAAGUCAUGCAGCGCACGGCACUGCUUCGGCUCGCCGCUGCUGCUUCCACGCGCGCGUCCUCAGCUUCCGCGGCGCGGCGGCUGUACCCGUCCUCAGACGGCGGCAGCGAGGAGCACGCGGCGGCCACUCGGGAGGAUGAUGAGCUUCUCCCGCCGCCGCCCCACAGGCCGGAGCACACCGAUGAGCGGCGGCUGCAUCCUCGCCGUGGAGUGCAUCGGAGAGAGUUAUUAUCUGUCACAAUGGCCGCCAGAGAUCACACUGGCUUGACCCGACAACUUCUGGAUUUUCAACAUGAUACAAUGGAUGAGGUAGGUGCAGAACACGAUCCAUUCGUGGAUUUGAAAGCGAGAUUCAUGGACUUCAAACACAGAAACUAUGUGGAAAAAUUUUCAACUUACCAAAGUCUUGCCCAGCAGCAAACACCAAAGUUCAUGGUGGUUGCUUGUGCUGACUCCAGGGUCUGCCCUACCGCUGUUUUGGGGUUUCAGCCUGGGGAAGCAUUUACAGUUCGUAAUGUGGCAAAUUUGGUACCACCAUAUGAGCAUGGGGGGUCAGAGACUAGUGCAGCACUAGAGUUUGCUGUCAAUACACUACAGGUAGAAAAUGUACUGGUGGUAGGCCACAGUAGGUGUGGGGGCAUCCAGGCACUAAUGAGCAUGAAAGAUGAUUCGACCUCCGGAGGCUUCAUUAAAAACUGGGUUUCAAUUGGGAAGAGCGCAAGGUUAAGCACGAAAGCUGCAGCUGGAAAUUUGAGUUUUGACAUGCAGUGCAAACAUUGUGAAAAGGAAUCAAUAAAUAGCUCUCUGUUGAACUUGUUAACAUACCCAUGGAUAGAGAAGAGGGUGAAUGAAGGUACUUUGAAUCUUCAUGGAGGCUACUACAACUUUGUUGAUUGCACAUUUGAGAAAUGGACGUUAUUGUACCGUGAAGGGUUGGAAGGUGGAAGCAAGUAUGCUAUAAAGAAUAGGUCCACCUGGUCUUGA